CAGCAAAAAAAAUAUCGUAAAGCACAAAUUGGAGAAAGCAAGUGCAUUACCGUUAGGUCCGUUGCCCAUCUCUCUGUCUACCAUGGCGCCAACUCGAAUGAUAGAUAUCGCAGUCAACUUCACAGAUGGCAUGUUCAAAGGCAUUUACAAUGGCAAGCAAUAUCACGUUUCCGAUAUUGCCACUGUUUUGAGCCGAGCUUGGAACGCUGGGGUCGAUCGAAUUAUCGUUACUGGUGGUUCCCUUGAGGAGUCGAAGGAAGCUCUUGCUAUUGCAGAAACUGAUGGUAGGCUUUUCUGCACAGUUGGCGUGCACCCAACCAGAUGCAAGGAGUUUGAAGAGAGUGGUGAUCCCGAAAAACAUUUUCAAGCUCUUUUGGCAUUGGCUAAAGAGGGAAUCCAAAAAGGGAAGGUGGUGGCAAUUGGUGAAUGUGGAUUGGAUUACGACAGGCUUCACUUUUGCCCACCAGAAAUUCAAAAGAAGUAUUUUGAGAAGCAGUUUGAAUUAGCUUAUGCCACAAAGCUGCCUAUGUUUCUGCAUAUGCGCGCAGCUGCUGGAGAUUUCUGUGAAAUUUUGGAACAAAACAUUAACAAGUUCACUGGUGGGGUCACCCAUUCAUUUACUGGUAGUGCUGAGGACCGUGAUAAGCUUCUCUCAUUCCAUAACAUGUAUAUAGGCAUAAAUGGAUGCUCCCUGAAGAUGGCUGAAAAUCUUGAUGUCGUGAGGGACAUUCCUAUUGAAAGAAUGAUGAUUGAGACUGAUUCUCCAUAUUGUGAAAUCAAGAGUACUCAUGCUGGGAUUAAAUUUGUGAAAUCCUUAUGGCCUUCUAAGAAGAAAGAGAAGUAUGAUCAAGAAAGUCUCGUUAAAGGACGUAAUGAACCUUGUUUAGUGCGGCAAGUUCUUGAGGUGGUAGCUGGCUAUAAAGGUAUUAGCAUUGAUCAGCUGAGUGCGACAUUGUACCAAAACACCUGCAGGGUUUUCUUCCCUCAUGAUUUGGAUGCUGCAGCAGAUGCUCUUCUUGCUGGUCGGCGUGAAAGUCAAUGACAAAGUUUUAUGCUAUUUAGAUCUUUUGUUCCUCCUUUCAAUUGAGGAAGCCACAAGUCGAGAGUUUUUAAAAUGAAUUGAGCUUUAGGCAUUGGAAUGGAAUCCAUUGAAGUCACCUGCAUACUAGUAUUCCAUUUUGCUUUUAUGUUGAUUAUUUAAUUGCAAAGUUUGGAAAUGGGAAAUGCUCAUGAAGUUCUAUCUU